CGCGGAAGGAGCGUGACGUCACUAGGACAAAACAAGGCCUCCCAAGACCCCCCCCAAGUCCCGAAGGCGACCUCGCUGAGGAAGAGGAGGAGGAGGAGGAAGGCCAUGCAGCGGCUGUGCGAGGUGACCGACUCGCUCCUCAUCAGCAACGCCCGCUUGGCCCGCAGUCCCGAGCUGGUCCGCCGGGGGGCGCCGACGCUCUGCAUCAACGUGACUCAGCGGCAGCCUUUUCCCGACGUCGCCGUCGUGGGCCGCGCGGUGCGGGUCGCGGUGCGGGACCGGCCCGACGAGGACCUCUACCGGCAUUUCGACGCCUGCGCCGACGCCAUCCACCGCGAGGCCCAAAACGGCGGCCGCACUCUGGUCUACUGCAAGAACGGCCGAAGCCGCUCGGCCGCCGUGUGCGCCGCUUACCUCGUCAAGUACCGGCAGGUGGCGCUGACGGACGCGCUCAAGACGGUCGCGGCCGCCCGCCCGCAGGCGGCCCCCAAUCGAGGCUUCGUGGCUCAGCUGCAGCGAUACGAAGACGAGCUGAGGGGGAGGAGGCGGCGAGAGUCGCCGUGGUCCCGCGGGAGCCCCGAAAGCCCCGAUCCGCUCCCGGAAUAUUCCUGACCCUGCCGAAAUGGACGUCGGCUCUUCUGGACUCCCGCAGAGACGUCGCAAAGUCCUCGAAUGGUGCCAUCUUGGGGCCGGCGACCUUUUGUGCCGCAUUCAAGACCGAAAAGGAUUUGGAGGCUUUUGGGAGGAGCGCAGAUGACGAAUGAAAUUGAAAGUGACAAACCCAAUUCGA